AUGGGCGGCCAAAUAGAUCAUGAGAUAAAUAGACAAGGUGGUGUACCUUAUGUCCUUCGUUUGAAGCUUGGAUUGAGCCCUGUCCAAUGGUUCUUCACCAUCUUCCUAAUAGCCAUAUGCUUCAACGCCAAACCAUGCACAUGUUCCAGCAGCUCCGACCAGGAUCAGAGGGCAAGGUACACCUGGAACACUACUUUCCAGCAGAUGAACCAGGGCCUUCUGUUCCACCGCGACAACGAAUCGGUCACCUUACAACCAGGCAGCCUGGGCUACUACAUGGGGAAUUCCUCUCAGCUAGGGUUCAACUUGACAGAUCCUGGCUGGUUUGUCAUCCCUAAAUGGUUUGAUCCAUGGAAAAUGAGCAGUGGCGAUGAUAGGAUCGACUUGCAGGAAGCAUCCUUCAGCAUCGUCUUCACGUUGAGCGUAGUAAGCACCACCAUCACUCCCCUGUUAUUUGACAUCCUUCCCAGACUUGAACCCUCACCCACUGACGCUGGGGGUUUUAGACCCUUUAGCUAUAAGCCUGUCAAGAUAGAGGCAUUGGACAGCACAACAUUUCAUUCUGGAAGAACUAUCCGGGUUACAACUGAGUUUCAGCUACCCCAGGAAGACGACCCUAAUCCAGCAAGAUAUAGCGUGCGCAUCAAUUACGACCAUGAUGCGCAUAACCUCUCUGUCUACCUAGUUCAUGAUGCAGACGCAGGAACAGAUGUGCCUACUGCCGCUGCCACCAUGCAGCUCGAUGCUGGAGACUCCCUGACUCCAGAUGCCUUACUCUUCGCCAUUUCAUCCUCCAUGGGACAGCUCUUGCAGCUCCACACCUGGAACUUCACCAUAGAUGUCCCGGUGACUGAACAGUCACAAGGGCCUAAUACUGCCACCAUAGUGUCUUCUGUUGUCGGAUCAGCAGCUGCUACAGCCGCUAUUGCUGCCGUUGUGUACUUCUACUUGAACUCCAAGUACAGGAGGUGGAAGAAAGACCUUGACAAGCUCGCCAAGACCAUGCAGAGCCUCCCCGGUGUGCCUAUGCAGGUUGACUUUGCUGACAUAAAAAAGGCCACCAACAACUUCCACGAGACCAUGAGGCUAGGCCAAGGCGGAUUCGGCACAGUUUACAGGUGCAAACUUCCUGCACCAAAGAAGGGAGAGCUCAUAGAGGUUGCCGUCAAGAAGUUCACUCGGGCUGAUAACCGGGGAUAUGAAGACUUCCUUGCCGAGGUUAGCAUCAUCAACCGCCUCCGUCACAAAAAUAUCGUUCCUCUCGUCGGAUGGUCUUACAAUAAAGGAGAGCCCAUUCUUAUCUAUGAGUACAUGCCCAAUGGUAGCCUGGACCAACAUCUGUUCCGUAGAAGCGGUGAUGAGCAACGGCAAGCUAUUUGUAUGAGUCAGUGGGGCACUCGCUACAACCUGGUCAAGGAUAUCGCGACUGGGUUACAGUAUGUUCACCAUGAGUACGAGCCUAUGGUGCUCCACCGUGACAUCAAGGCGAGCAACAUCAUGAUCGAUUUCAACUUUCAAGGACGGCUUGGAGACUUUGGCCUCGCCUGCAUAUUGGCCAAUGGCAAGGACUCCUACACUGACUAUGGCGCCCCUGGAACCCUUGGCUUCAGGGCGCCUGAGUAUGUGUACAACGGCAAGGCCACUAGGAAGACAGACAUCUUUGCCUUUGGAGUGCUUGUCCUUGAGAUUGUUACAGGAAAGAGGGCAGUUGGCAAAGAUGUGCAGUUUGGACAUGUUACAGACUGGGUCUGGAAACUUCAUGCGGAGGGCAACCUACUUGCUGCUGUUGAUGUUGUGCUCACCGCCACCAGUGAGUUCGAUGCCGAUGAGGCCAUACAGCUACUGCAGCUUGGCAUGGCGUGCAGUAGCCCGAACCCAUCUGAUCGGCCAAGCAUGACGGAUGCGGUGCAGAUCAUCAGCAAGUCAGUGCCGCCACCAGACAUACCUCUUUCCAAGCCACCGCUCGUGUGGCCACCAGAAGGGUGGGGGAACCCGUCAUCGACCUCCGAUUAUAGCACGUUGUCCACUAGUAACUUCAACACCACCUCGACAUUCAUGGUUGAGAUGACGGCGGGCACAGAACACACCUCCUGAACAUGAAGUCAUGAACAUGGUGGAUUCACCAGUUAUCCCAGAAGGAAGAUCUUCGCAGGAGCCCGUCUCUGUCCAUCACUCUGAACAUGCCUUGAUCCACAGCUGAGCUCUACUGACGAAACCACAAUGCAUGUGCUGAUGUGCAUAUGUUCUCCUUCGUGUUGUACUGGGGUGCAACUUUUUCUAGAUAUAUUUGUAUUCUUUGUUGGUACCACAGUUCACUAGCUACUAAUUAGUAUGUAGAUAGUAAUACAGUCAUGGUAUGUACCAAUAAUCUGUUUAGUUAAUUAGUACUAUACGUAGAUAGUAGUAGAGUCAUCGUAUAUACAAAUAAUCUGCUUAGGGGGUGUUUAGUUCCCAUUUUUUCCCAAAAAAAAUUGGGUUUUGAUCUAUCAUUUUGCAAAUGGAACUAAACACCAUGCAAA